UAGAGCAAAGAGUAACCAUGACAUUGGAAGACAUUCUACAUAUGAAUAGUGGGAGUGGAGAUUCAAGUUAUGCCAACAACUCGCUUUUUACGAAAAUUGUGAUGCAAAAAACAGCACCGUUUUUAAAGCGUACAAUCAAGGGUAUUGCUAAGCAGAAUACCUUCUUCGACCAUUGUUUCAUAUUUGCAGAUUUGGGUUGCUCUUCUGGCAUGAAUACGUUGUUGCUUGCUUCUGAUGUUAUUGAUACAAUCCAUGAGUGGUGUCUAGAAAAUAAUCGUCAGACACCACAGUUUCAAGUGUGCUUAAAUGACCUCUUUGGAAAUGACUUCAAUAAUAUUUUCAAAUUAUUACCCAACUUUUAUAAAACCCUUAGAGAGGACAAGGGAGACAAAUUUGGCCCUUGUUUUGUUUCAGCUGUUCCUGGAUCCUUUUAUGGAAGACUCUUUCCUGACGAAAGUUUGCAUCUUAUUCACUCCUCAUAUAGUGUUCAUUGGCUUUCUCAGGUACCUGAAGGCCUUGAAAAUAAUAAGUUAAAUAUAUACAUAGCAAAAACAAGUCCUCCAAGUGUAUUGCAAGCCUAUGGAAAGCAAUUUCAUACAGAUUUUACAAAGUUUUUACGCCUACGCUAUGAGGAACUGAUUCGUGGUGGACGCAUGGUUUUAACAUUACGUAGUCGAAGUAGCCUUGAUCCAGCUAGCGAUGAUUCUAGUAGUUUUUGGGAGAUACUCACCAUAUCACUUACUGAAAUGCUAAAAGAGGGGCUGGUUCAAGAAUCGGAUAUUAACUCAUUCAAUAUCCCAUUUUAUUUUCCACACAAGGAUGAGCUUAGGAACAUUAUUGAAGCGGACGGAUCAUUCUCUCUUGACAACAUGGAUGUUUUUGAACUUAACUGGGGUGAACAAGAUUACACUAAUCUGAAUGAGCAUACCCAUGAAGCCAUCCACAACCAAGGGAAAAACACAGCUAGAUUGAUAAGGUCUAUUACUGAAUCAUUGUUUACUUCUCAUUUCGGGAAUGACAUAAUUGAUGUGUUGUUUAAGAAGUGUGAAAAGAAUGCGGAGGAACAUCAUCUAGCUACCAGAAAAUCAAGACACUUAAGUGUAGUCAUUUCAUUGACAAAAAGUGAAUGAUUCAAGUGUUUGUUUAGAUCCGUAGGUUGGUUUAAGUUUUUGUUUAAAUAAUCCUUUAUGAUUUAUGA